AUGAGCUUCUUCCUGCAGCAGCAGCAGCAGCAGCAGCAGGGCGAGCAGCAGCAGCAGCAGGGAGAGCUGCAGAAGCAGCAGGGAGAGGGAGAACAGCAGCAACAGCAGGAGGGAGAGCUGCAGCAGCAGCAGGGAGAGCAGAAGCAACAGCAUCAGAGUGAGCAGCAGCGGGGCAAGGAGCCAGGACAACUGCAGCAGCAGUUGCUGCAGCUGCCACAGCAGCUGCAGCAGCAGCAGCAGCAGCAGGAAAGCGCCGAUAUGUCACCGCUUGCUGCGCAACCCAACCCCGGAGCGCUGGUUGGUGGAUCUGAGCAGCAGCGGCAGCAACAGCAACAGCAGCAACAGCAGCAACAGCAGCAGCAGAAGCAUCUCGAGGAACAGCAGCAGCAAGAAAGGCAGCAGCAACCAUCAGAGAGGCAACAGAACGAGCAGCAGCAGCUGCAGCAGGCAGAAGAGCAGCAGCAAAGCCAGCUGCCACAGCAGCAGCAGCCAGAGAAGCCGCAGCAGGACCGAGAGCAGCAACAUAAACAGCAACAACAGCAGGAGGAGGAGCAGCCAGAACAGCAGCAGCAGCAGCAGCGGGAGGCGCUGUCCUCGGAGACACUGCAGCAGGAUGACGCUGCUGCGUCAGCUCAUGAUUGUGCUGCUGCUUGUGCAGCAGCAGGAGCCGUUGAUACACUCCAGGCAGCUGAUCGUGCUGCUGCUGCAGUAGAGCAGCAGCAGCAGCUGCUGCAGCAGCUGCAGCAGCAGCAACUGCAGCAGCAGCGGCAAGACGACGAGCAGCAAAAGCAGCAGCAAAGUGACCCUUACAGCAGCGUAGGUCACCCAGCAGCAGAAGCAGCAAUUGCAGGAGCUGCAGGAGAUCCAGCAGCAGCUGCUGCAGGCACUCUUGCUGCUGCUGUUGCUGCUGUUGCUGCUGCUGCUGACAGCAAACAGCAGGGAGGAAGUGUUGGAGGGGUUUAUAGCAAGGAGGGGGGAUCUGCUGCUACUUGCCUGUUUGCAGCAGCAGCACCAGCAACAGCAGAAGCAGCAGCAGCGGUAACAGGAAUACCAGCAGCAGCACCAGUAGCAAUAGCAGCACCAGCAGCAGCACCAGCGGCAGAAGCAACAGCAGCGACAGCAGCAGCAGCAGCUGCUGCUGCUGCAGCAGCAGCAACAACGGCUGGUCGUCGUUUUUCACCGGGCAGCAGCCAGGGUCGUCGCUUCUUUUCUGCAUUGGGUCUUGUACGGGGGCAGCCGCAGCAGCAGCAGCAGCAGGAGCCUAGUAGUAGCAGCAGCAGCAGCACAGCAGCAGCAGCAGCAGCAGCAGCAGCGUCUCCCUCCGAGGGUCUCCCAUUGUUUGGGACGGAUGUUGACCGAAGCACAACGAGCAGCAGCAGCAGCAGCCUUAGCAGCAGCGUAAGCAACAGCAUAAGCAGCAGCAGCAGCAGCAGCAGCCGGGUACCAUCUAUACGUGCAAGCACCAUCAGCAGCAGCAGCAGCAGCAGCAGCAGCAGCGCAUUAUCCUUUCCUCGUGUCCGUUCCUUUCGUCAGCUGCAGCACGACGUAGGCGCAGUACUAAGCAGCUGGCGUCAUAAUAUAUAUAACUGGGCAACAGCAGCAGCAGCAGCAGCAGCAGCAAGAUCAUGGAUAGGACCACAAGAAGGAGGUCUGCUGCAGCAGGGAGAGACUGCUGUUGUAUUAGGAAAAGUCUUCUGGGCAUUAGAUGAGCAGCAGCAGCAAAUAGUAAGAAGACAUAGGCAGCAUCAUGCACAGUUGCUGCUGCAGCAGCAACUGCAGCAGCAACUGCAGCAGCAAAUGCAGCAACACCAAAAAACAAGAAGAGAUACUCUUGAUGGUAGAACUGCUGAUAGUGCUGCUGCUGCAGCAGCAGCAGCAGCAGCAUCAGCAUCAGCAACACCAACUCCUUACUCCGAUUCCUCUAUAUCACCUACUGCAGCAGCAGCAGCAGCAACAGCAGCAGGAGCAACAAGUCCCUUUCGUUGUCUGCAGUCUGAGGGCAUAGAGGCUGAAUGGCGUGCAGCAGCAGCAGCAGCAGGAAUAGGUGGUCAUCGUCUUAGCACAAACAACAGCAGCAGCAACAGCAGCAGCAGCAGUAUUUGGCGCAGCAGGAGUCGAACAGCGAUACCAAGCAGCAGCAGCAGCAACAGCAGCAGCAGCAGCCUGGGUAUGCAUCUCCCAUUCCCUACCGGCAGUCGACGUCUUCCUUCCCACCCUUCCCCCCACCACCAUAUCCAGCAUCAACAGCAGCACCUCCAACAGCAGCAGCAGCAACAGCAGCAGCAGCAGCAGCAGCAGGUGCUGCACCCCUUAUCUGUAGUCUGUGCGUCCGCUGAGCCCGAGCGAGUGCAGCAAGAGUUGCAGAAAUUUGUUUCUUGUAUAGCAAGAUUUACUUAUAGGAGUGGAUUCUCUCCUCUCUAUCGUUGCUGCAGCGAGAGGAGGAGGCCUGCUGCUUCUCCUGAGGAAGCAGCAGCAGCAGCAGCAGCAGAUCCAUGCUGCAAUAAUAGUAAUAGCAGCAACAGCAGCAGUAAUAAUAGCGGUACUCCUAUUGCAGCACAAGGAAGAACUAUUACUACGAGUAAUAACACGAGCAGCAGCAGCAGCAGCAGUACAAGUACUACAGCAGCAGCAACUAAUACUACUAACAGCAGCAGCAACAGCAACAGCAACAGCAGCAGCAGUCCUCCUAUGGUAUUAGAGAGGAGCUGGAUAGCUAUAACUAGUGAUGUAGGGUGGGGUUGUACCAUCCGUGCAGCACAGAUGUUGCUGCUGCAGGCAUUAAGGCGUCAUUUCUUUGAGGCAGGGCCACCUGCUGCUGCUGCUGCUGCUGCUGCUGCAGCAAACAACAGCAGCAGCAGCAGCAACAGCAGCAGCAGUAGUAGUAAUGGUAGUAGUAGUAGCAACAGUAGUACUACUGAUCAUCAUGGAUUAUGGGGAGGUCUUGAUAAAACAGAAGAAGAAGAACAGCAGCAGCAGCAGCAGCAGCAGCAGCAGCAACAGCAACAGCAACAGCAACAAGAAGAGGAAACAAUAAAUCUUCAAUCAUUAAACGUAACAAACAUAAACAGCAACAUAAGCAGUCCUAUAAGUAACUACACAACCCCCACCACCACCACCACCACCACCACCACCACCACCAC